AUGAGCGCCUCAAGCGAGCGCAGGCAAUUCGGCGAUCUUGCCACCCAGCUCGUGACCGAAGUCAAACGGCAAGGCGACAACCUCGGGAAAUACAACGACGGGCUCGUGCGCGCCGUCAUCCGCGAGCAGCGGCAGCUCGACGGGCUCCUCACCGCCGCGCUCGAAGCGUCCGGCCCAAACUUCGACGGCAGCGCGCCGCACGCGUUACUAUACCAGACGGCUAUCGCACGCAACAAGCGGUGUCUACUGGCGUACCACACCUUCCGGAUCGAGCGCCUCAAAGACGCGUACUGGGCCGCCGGCGCCGCGCUCCCGCACAUCCUGAGCGACACCUCGCUCCGCGCGCGCCUCGCGCCCAGCGAAGUCGACUGGCUGCGCGAAUACAACGCCUCGGUCGUCGCCCUCCGCAGCGAGUACAGCGCCGAGCUCGACGUCGCCGCCGGCAUCUCCGCGCCGCCGAAGGACCUGCACGUCCUCGUGCGCGUGCUGCGCGAUUGCGGGGAGAUCCAGACCGAGGCGGGGACGAUCGACUUCAAAAAGGGGCAAAGGUUUAUGGAGGGCGAAGUCAUGUUGUCUUUUUACCGCCACCACCACCAUCUGCAUCUUCGGCCACUAUUUAUCGCUACUUUGAGGCGGAACGCCCGUACUGCGCUUGCCGCCGCUCCUAGACCUCAUGAAGAUGACCAGCAUGACGAGCCCGAGCUCGAACCCGAACACAACGACGAAGACAGCUUAAGCGACGCCGAAUGGGACGCUCGCGCCGGAGCCGCCAUUGACACUCUCACCCGCACCUUCCCCCAAUUCCUCGAAUCAGGACUGCACACGCGCACCGACUCUUCACUAUCACACCUGACUAGCCUUACUGGCUUCACCGCCUCACGCGACGCCGCGCCAAGCGACGACGGGGACGGAGAGCAGAUCUACGACUCGCGUAUUCGACUAAGCUAUACGCCGCCUGCCGAGCUGCCGGCUCCACUACCCCGGACACUGCAUGUCGAUGGUCUCCCCCUCUACCUCGCCUCCUCAAUGCUCCUCCGCCACUCCCUCCACGCCCUCUACACCCCCCUAACCCUAACCGUCACAUCCGUCCGCGUAUCCUCCACGCGUCCCCCCGGCUCCAGCUCCGGCCCGUCCAUCCCUUCUCUCCCGCCUUCGCACCGACACAGCACCGAUCAAGUUCAAAGGCACGAACGAGCAUAUGAAAGGCAGAAGAGCCUGAUGAUCGCGUUCGACAUUGACGGGCGCGGACGCGUGGGCGGGAAGAGCGCGCAUUGGGAGGUGAGGAGCACGUACCAUUUCCACCCGAUACACGCGCGGAUACACCGACAUGUCGUCGAUAGCAUCGUCCCCGCGCCACACGCCGGCGUAUUCGACCUGCUACGAGGCGUACUGGACGGCGUGGGCGGGCGCGUUGGUGUACCCGGUGUUCCGGGUGGAUGCGUUAGCAUCGAGGGCGGGUCGGGGUGCGAUGGGGUUAUGAAGGCGCGCAAGUCGGGGAGGUGGGAGGGGUUAGGCGGGGUUGGAGGAAUGGGCAGCUGUCGAUGA